AUGGCGCUUCUUGCCGAAGCUGGCGCCUUUUCUUUGGGUGCUGCGCCGCCAGUGUUGCCCACUGCCAGGCUCACCUCCGCACCUCCUCGGUCAGUCCAUGAGACCAGCGAGCGAGGUUCCUCCGGGGCCGUGGCAGCGGCAGCAGCUCUCGUUGCUACCGGAGUAGCAGUGAAGAGGCGGCCCGCAGAAGCCCGCGCAGCUGCCGUGGCGAUGAAGGUUGAGGCAACAGCGCUGACACGAAAAGUCGGGUCCGCCGUCGUAUCCCUGGGCCUGCUCAAGGUUCUGGCAUCGCGGAUUCAUUCAUGGUUUGAGACGCCAAAGCGGCCCUAUGGCGAUGGAUCCGUUGGCAGCGCCUACGAUGACUGGACCAGAGAAGGUGUCUUGGAGCACUACUGGGGAGAGCACAUCCACAUGGGCUCAUACACUCCGAUGGAGAAGCAGAGUGGCUACCGCAAGAAGGAUCCCUUCUUCCUGGCACUCUUCCGGGCGACCUUUGGCCGGCUCAAGAACUUCAAGGAGGCAAAGAUAGACUUCACGAACGAAAUGAUCGACUGGAGCCGUGCCAAAGCACCGAAGAAGAUCUUGGAUGUAG